AUGGAAAAGGGCCGCGAGAUCGAAAUCAAAGCGGAUGAAGAAUUCGCCAUUGAGAAAUCUAAGCUCGUCCGUCAAGAAACCUCCGCCAUCGAUACCACCUACGAGAAGAAAUUCAAAUCCGCCCAGAUGUCACAGCAAAUCACACACUCGACGCUGGCCAACAAGACGCGGCUGAAAGUCCUGAGCGCGAGACAGGAGCUACUUGAUGCGAUUUUCGAGGAUGCACAGAAGAAACUGGGGGACGUGACGAAGGAUAAGGGGAAGUAUACGGUGGUGCUUAAGAAUCUCAUGCUGGAGGCCUUCUAUGCGCUGAACGAGCCAAAGGUCCUGGUUCGGGGCCGGAAGAAGGAUUAUGACUUGAUUAAGAAGGCUAUUGAGAAGGCGCGCGCCGAGUAUAAGGAGAAGAUGGGGAAGGGUAUUGAGGCGGAUAUCGAUGAGGCGAAUCCGCUGCCAGAGGGAGGUGCUGGUGGUUUGUCGAUUGUGGAUGGCGGGGGAAAGAUUGAUAUCAACAAUACUUUCGAGCAGCGACUGGAGUUGCUGGAAGAUACUGCGCUGCCAUCGAUACGGACAACUUUGUUUGGAAAGAACGAGAAUAGGAGAUUCUAUGACUAA